ACAUUUCGGUGAGAUCUCGAUCAACGCAAUUAAAUUAAAUGGAUCAAAUGAAUUUCUCGCAUCAUUUUGAUGAAAAAAAUCUUGGUGAUAAUAUAGCAAUUGAUAACUCACACACUGGAGUCAUGAUGAAUCGUGUUCGAAAUGUUUCACCAAUGCCAGAAGAAAAUGGAAAAAAAUAUGAUAAUCCCACCGUUGAAGAAGCAUUGCAUUAUCCAAUUUUAAUACUUAAAGUCAGUGGCUUUUAUUUUGAAAACUUUCGAUGGACUAAAUUGGUAUUGGCAAGAAUCCUUUUCGAUGUUCUGGUGAUGGCAAUGGCACUUGCAAAUGUUAUCAGAAUCAUAGCUGGAUUUAUGACCAAUAGUGAUUUUUCGGAUAAAUUAAUGGGCCGAAUAGUCUUUGCGGUGGCAAACAUAAGUGACAUCGUGAUGUAUCCUGUUUUGAUCAUCAACACCACGCGGAAUUUACCACGAGUUCUUGCAAAGUUUUCGGUGUUUCAAGCAGAAAAUGGUUUUGCGACAAACGUUCGGAAGUUGAAAAGAAGAAUUACAGGGAUAUCAAUUUUUACUGUUAUUUUAAGUAUAUAUUCUUUGGCAAGUUCGAACAUUGUAUCUAGUUCUCGAAUUUUCGAUGAAUCGGGGGUUUUGGUCAGUCGCCUACUGCCUUUUCGCUACACAGAUGGAUAUGUGUACGAUUUGGUAUCCGCCAUUGACUCCUUUACAGUCACUAUUUUGUCUUUUUCUAUGUUCUUACAAUUAGUAAUUGUUUUCGUUCUAUCCUACCUGAUUAUCCAGGAAUUCCACGACGUAACAAAAACAGCGGACACUAUCAAGCAACAAACCGAAGUUACCGAGUCGGAAGUUCGAAAUCUAAGAUGGCGGCACUUUCAGGUGACCGAAUUGCUACAGACUGCAAACAGUAUCAUACAACCAAAUGUUCUGCUACUCUACAUUAUCAUGCUGCCCAGUAUCUGCCUGACUGUGUAUGGGGUUGUGUACAGUACGCUGGGACUAUUUGAUGUGAUGAUCCUGGCUUCACUACUCUUUACAAACACAAUUGCAGUCUGCUUAAUAACAGCCACGGGCGCUAUCAUCAAUUCAAAAGCUCACAGUGUUCUGCAAAGUUUGCUAGAGUUGAGCGUAAAAUCACUGUCAACUGAUGCCAAGUAUCAGUUACAGAUGUUCAUAACCCAGGUGACAAGCCAGACAAUAGGAAUAAACAUAUACGGCAUGUUUAUAAUGGAUGGUUCAACAUUUCUUAUGAUAGCCGGAACGCUGAUCACUUACAUUGUGGUGGUCCUACAGAUACAGGCCGGCAGUUGUGACGUCACAAACGUUCGAAACUGUAACUGCACAACGUGAAGCUUUUGUAGAAAGCAUUUAUGUUAAAAUCCAGUAAACUCAUUUGCCUUACCUAGUCGAAAUAAUCUGAAUCCUUUUAUACAACGUUAAAGUUAUGGAAGGAAUGCAUUGCUAUCUUAGCACUUGCUAGAUGUCGAAAGAUUAUUGCAAAAUCCAUCUAAAAAAGCAAAAUCAUGCUAAUAUAUACUAUAACAUUUGAGUUUAGUGAAGCAAUUAAAAGUUGUACUUUAUUACGACGUAUAGAAUUAAAAUCGUAUUGUAACCAAUAGCGAUUCAUCUACGGUCUGCAUUCAUAAACUUUGCUAAAGGAACAGCUAGUGUUAAAAGUAAAAUUCAAAUCAAAACUGAGCUCGUAAAGGUAAAUUGGCCCUGAAUUUUUAUCUUCUGGAUGUGAGUUUUAAAAAAUCUAGUACUAGUAUGAUGGACUAUUUAAAAUCUUUGGACAAAAAGAAAAGAUAGCAUCACCUUGAUUUUAGCGAAGGAUUGAAAUGUAGACAAAGAUAUUAUAUUACUUCUGUUUCAAUGUUCUUUGUAUUACAUUUUUAGAGUGAAAAAACAAUUGGCUCUUGUAAGGUGUACCGCUUUUUUCUGCUUUACAGAAAAAUGAAAACUAAUUCAACAUGUAGUCCCUUGCACAUUUGCUGGAAUUUUGCUGUUGUUGUUAAUAUUUUUAAGAGAAAUACUUUGUUUAUUCAUAAGCUUUAUUUUCAUGUUUGUAAGUUUAUUAUUUGCCUUUUGGAGAUUAAUUAUCGAUUAAACGUUUUAAAAUACACUAUUACUUUUCAUAACAAUAUGAAUCUAUAAGUUAAUCAAAAAGUCGACAAAUUGUUCUGAAU